AUGCAUAAAAUGAAAUUUCUUAAAUUAGAUAAUCAUAAUGUCACAUUACAAAUUCUAACUCAGAUAGAAAAAAAAGUAAAAAAAAUUUACGAAUUACAAAUUAUUAUGAGUAAAUUACUGAAUCAAAAAAUACGUUAUAUGGCACAAAUAAAUCCUCCUGUCAAUAAUGAAUGGAUUUUUGUUCAUAAUAUUUAUGGAUAUAUAUUUUCUGCAUAUCUUGAUUUACGUCCAGAAGUUAUUGUUACAAAUGAUUUAUUAAAAGACGACUUACCAUGGGCACAAGUUAGAAUUAUAGCAAUUUUGCCUCCAGAAUUAAUAAACAAUCCACAAAUUGAUUGUGUUUACAAAUUAACUACAAAGAAGCAUUCAAUUUAUCAAAGACAAUCUGCAAGAGUUCAAACGUUUGAGCAUUACGUGAAUUUAAAAUAUGUUGCAAGUUUUAUUUUGUGUGAUUUAUUUCAUAUAAAUCAUUCUCAAGAUGAAUCACUUGACAAAGAAUUGCCCGAGUCAAUUGGAAUUAUUAAAAAAUUAUGGAAAGACUCAUCUAUUACUCAAUUCAUUGAUAUACAUUAUCCGAAAAAUGGAUUCAAUCAACAUCAAAGAUGGAAUAAUAAAAAAUCAAUUGCACUUUGUAUUCCAAAAAUUAUUCAGAAAAAUUUUAACAAUACACUGGCACUUAUAAAGUUUAUCGAAUAUUAUCGACUCAUAGGAAUUGAGCAAUUUACAUUCUAUAAAACUUCAAUUGCACAAAAAAUAAAUUCCGUUUUGAAAUUCUAUGAAAGCAUGAAUAUUGUAUCAGUUAUUUCAUUUAUCCACAUUGACGACAACAAAAUUUCACAAUUUCAAGGAUUAUCAGCAGCUUUAAAUGAUUGUCACUACAGAACCUCGUUUUACAAUGACUAUGAAUACAUUGGAGUUUUUGAUAUUGAUGAGUUUUUAAUACUCAAACACCACAAAAGUGUUGAAGGACUAUUACAAUACCUUGAUCCUUCUGCAUUAAAACAAGAUUACUCACAAUAUACAUCUUUUUCAUUUACAAAUAUUCAUCCAAGUGACACUGGAAAUAUUUCGAAUAAAGCAUUUAAUUUACAAUCUCGAAUCAUUCCGCAAAGGUUUUCUGAGAAAAGCUAUAUCGAUUGGAAACAGUACAUUGUACGAGCUCACGACAUAACGAAACUACCUCAUCAGCUAUCAGGAUUACAGAUGAAUCGAAAUUUUGUCCAUCACUCAUUCAACAAAAGAUUUCAAGAGAUGAUUGUGGAUCCGGCUGUGGCUUUUCUACAUUAUUCUGCUCCAAAUAAGGCGGAAAAAACAGGAUUUUAUGCUGAAUCAAUGGAAAUUGAUGCUCUGAUGAAAAAACUAAAUAAAAUGGUAGAAAAAGUUUGUGCCUCAAUUUUUGAAAGUAAAGAGUGUCCACCUUCUGAUGAGUGACACGAAAUUUAUUUUUUUUCACACGAAAAAAAAUAGUUUAUUUAUUUAUCAACAUGAAAGGACCAAUAGCAGAAACCAAUUACAGGGCCACGAGAGAAUAAAGAGUAUAACAUCCGAGUAACAAAAAUAUAAAAAAAGUGAUAAAUAAAAUGGUACCCGAGUUAUCAUUUUUCUCUUAUUUUGCUGCAACAUCCUUUGACAGAAAUUAUUU